UGUUGUCGUCUUAUUCUUAUGAAGAGCAGCAAAUCAAUGUGGUCCCUCGAAACGAACAAGAAGAGGAAGACAACAACUACGACGGAGAAGAAGAAGUUGUCUCCAAAUCCGUCACUUCCGGAUGAUUUGCUUUUGAGCAUCGUCGCACGCGUCUCAAGGUUGUACUAUCCAACUCUCUCCCUCGUCUCCAAGAGCUUUCGAUCUCUCCUAGCUUCACCGGAGCUUUACAAGGCCAGGUCGCUCUCGGGCCACACUGAGAGUUGUCUCUAUGUGUGCUUACAGUGCUGUCCUGGUUAUCGCUGGUUCACCCUCUGCCGGAAGCCAGAUCAAACCCUAUCCAAUUACACCACUAAGAAGAAGUCAAGUGGAUAUGUUUUGGCAACAGUACCGAUUCCCAGUUUUCAAAAAGGGAGCUUUUCGAGUCUCGUGGCGGUUGGUUCUGAUAUCUACAACAUUGGGGGAUCCAACUACCACGGGCCUUCCUAUAGCGUCUCGAUUUUGGAUUGCCGGUCUCAUACGUGGCGUGAGGCUCCAAGAUUGCGUGUGGAACAACUGUGUCUUUCUGCUAGUGUCCUUGAUCGAAAGAUAUAUGUAGCAGGAUGCUACAACGAUAGUGAUUCAAAUUCUUUGAAGAACUUCUUGGAGGUGUUCGACACAAAAACACAAAUUUGGGAUACUGAGCCCAUCGCUUGCAGCGGGAGAAUAGACAACUUUCUUUACUCCAAAAGCACUUGUAUUGACGGAAAGUUCCACGUGGUGACUGAAAGAGAGGGGGUGAUUGCUUACGAUUCCAAGAAAGGUAGAUGGGACAGGACUGGACAAAGUUUGUAUUAUCUUAUUUAUUCAAAUUCUUUUUGCGAGAUAGAGAAUGUUUUGUACUUUGUUUCUGACGGAGAGUUCAUGUGGUAUGACACCGAGUUAAAAAUGUGGAGAGAUAUGGAGGGUUUGGUAGGACGACUAAGUAGGUUGCCUCCUGACGUUUCUGUUAGAUUGGCUGAUAAUAGUGGAAAGUUAGCGGUUUUGUGGGAGGAGGAAGAUUUGCCUUAUUGUCGGCCUGGAUUCACCGGUAUGAAAAAAAUUUGGUGUGUGGAGAUUGCGCUUGAAAAACGAAAAAGUAAAAUUUUGGGGAAAAUUGAGUGGUUUGAUCAUGUGCUCACAGUCCCUGCAGAAAAUGAUUUGGUGAAGGUUCUUGCUGCUACUGUUUGAUGAAUGCGUCACUAGCUAGGCUUGAACGUUUGUUUAUUUGGGCUUUGUCUCUUGUUUCACUUAUUUUGUGACGAAAAUGCUUUCAUGCACACGUUUGGUUUUGAAGAAUGAGGUCUCUUUACAUUCGUGUAAUUAAACAAAAGAAAAAAACACUUAAUUUGGAGAGUAUUUGAUUCGAAUGGUUAAUUUUGCAACAGAAUGAGGUUUUUUGUUCUAAUGUGUUGAAAAAGCCUUUGUUCCAAAACUGGUUGUAACUUGUAAUCCAUACAAGUGAACUUAUAACAACAGAUCUUGUGAGCAUACUUUGAUGUCUCCUUGUUGUAAACAGAUCUUCACUAUUUUUCCUUCUUCUUCUUUUUUUUUUUUGAAUCGCCGCAAACCGCAAAACGUAAUCGUAAAACGUAACAGUAGUGAAAUAUUUGGUUUUAUUAUUAAAAGCAAGAAAGAAAAAGAAAAUAAAACAAGGGAGGGGGAGCGGGAGCAACAAACACGUGGAUACAAACAAGACGGGACUUUGGAAGAAACGUUGAAACAGAAACAGAUACGUGUCGUGAAGCGAAAUGUCGGAGAAAGACGAAGAAGCAAAGAGUUUAAUGUCUUUAUUUGUUCAAAUUCUAGUAAGCGUUUUUCAUUAUUUUUUCUGCUCUGUAAAGAAUAAAGUUUCUUAAUUUUGUUUGUAUGAAUCAUAGAUUUUCGAUUCAUUCUUUUACAGAAAAAAA